AUGAUCGAAGUGUUGGCUCGAAGUGCUGUUGUUGAAGCAGCAACACUUUCAUCGGCUACUAGUAGCAGUGUAAUUGGAGGUGGUUCCUCAACGUCAUCUGGUGUGUCGUCAGCUUCAAAGCAUCUUUCCUCAUCAGUCUCUACACUUUCUGUCAUUGGUCAAGGUGUUGAAUUACGACAACAGAUUGUUAAAAGUCCUUCUGAUGAGUCUCUAAAUGGUGUUGGCAACUGUAGUGGAACAACAAACGCGGGUGCCACUAACGGAAAUAAGGGAUAUCGGCCGGAAGACGCUGUGCGGACGUUUGGGAAUAAGCUCACACCUUUUGAAAUCUCAGAAAUUUACAAUUAUCCUCGUGUCUAUUUUGUUGGAUCUCAAGCAAAAAAGCGCAGUGGUAAUGUCAAUUCCCAGAAUAAUUGUGGUUAUGAUGAUGACAUGGGAAGUUACCUUCUUGUUGCACAUGACCAUAUUGCUUAUCGUUAUGAGGUGCUAAAAGUUAUCGGUAAAGGAAGUUUUGGUCAGGUAAUAAAAGCAUACGAUCAUAAGCAUCAGAAGUAUAUUGCAUUAAAAUUAGUUCGCAAUGAGAAACGCUUCCACCGUCAGGCAGAAGAAGAGAUUCGAAUUCUUGAUCAUUUGCGAAAACAAGAUCCAGAAGGUAUUUACAAUAUAGUUCAUAUGCUGGACCACUUUAAUUUCCGAAAUCAUAAGUGCAUUACCUUCGAGUUAUUAAGCAUUAAUCUUUAUGAGCUUAUCAAGAAAAGCAAAUUCCAGGGAUUCAGUUUGCAGGUCGUUCGCAAGUUUGCUCAUUCAAUGUUGCAAUGUCUUGACUUGCUUAAUCGUAAUCGGCUUAUUCACUGCGAUCUAAAACCGGAAAAUGUUUUAUUGAAACAACAAGGCAGAAGUGGCAUUAAGGUUAUUGAUUUCGGUUCAUCGUGUUUUGACGAUAAGCGAAUAUAUACAUACAUUCAGUCGAGGUUUUAUAGAGCUCCAGAAGUGAUUAUGGGCGGAAAGUACGGAAUGCCUAUUGAUAUGUGGUCGCUCGGAUGUAUACUAGCUGAAUUACUAACUGGGUAUCCGUUGUUACCUGGGGAAGAUGAAAGUGACCAGCUGGCUUUAAUAAUUGAAUUGCUUGGUGUACCACCGCUUAAAAUCACUGAAAAUGCCAAGCGAACACGUAAUUUUAUAUCAUCUAGAGGAUAUCCACGCUACUGUACAGUAACGACAAUGCCUGACGGAUCUGUGGUAGUUUCCGGUGGACGAUCUAAACGCGGUAAAAUGAGAGGACCACCAGGAAGUCGAUCGUGGAGUACUGCACUGAGAAAUCAGGCACCGCAUUCAUAUUUAUUUUCAGAGCGAUGUCUCGAUUGGGAUCCAGAUGCCAGACUGACUCCUCAGCAAGCUUUAAAGCAUCCUUGGUUGCGAAGGCGGUUACCUAGACCACCCGAAUGCUAUGCUAAUCUUGUUUCGAUGGAAACUAGUACGGAUGCUCCUCUCGGUCCCAAAUUGCCACAUAUAUGA